ACCACUUUCCUUGAAUUGACCAUAAUAGUUAUUUACCCUGAUGAAUUCAUAGUGAAGAGCGAUUGCGAUUUAAUCGCGAUAUCGCAGCGACCGAUCAGCUGGAUCGAUCGCAGCGAUUUACAUUCAUAUGCAAAGCGAUUUUAUUAAUUCAAAAUGGUAUCAACUCUCAAAUUAUUAUUUUUCUACAAAAUGAUCUUGAAGAGGAGAAGAUCAAACCCUCAUACACCAGAUGUAACAGGGGUGUUUAAUGAAAAUACAGGGGAGAUAAAUGAAUCCGAUCUCAUUGAUAGUGGGAAUAUAUUGGAUGAUAUUACCAAAAAACCUGCAUUAAUUGAGCUUGGUACUGAGACUGAGUCUCUAUCUUCUGUUGAAUCUCAUGGUUCAUAUAAAUGUCCUAAGAGAAAAUUUAAUGACAUUGAAGAAGAUGAAAGAAUAUUAAACAUAAAGAGGCUUCAAAAUAAAAAAACUGAAUAUGGCAUAUGUACUAUGUUGAGAGAAAAAUUGGAUGAAUGUACAAAAAAGGAGAAAAAAGAUUUAACUAAUCAAAUAUAUGAUAUUAUAAAAAGUUUUAAUUGA